AUGAUCAGGAGAGAGGGUGAGGGGAUUGGUCAGACGCUCCACGUGGCUGAAACCUAAACAGCAGCGUAGACUGGAGCAGCCACAGGAUGAAGCAGCAGCAACAGCAGCUCCACCAGCAUCCUCCUCAUCCUCCGCGCACAGGCGCACGUAUCCUGCUCAGCUGCGGCGGUGAAAACAAGUCAAAGCAGCACCGUGUGAGCGAAUAGUAAUGUAGUGCGCUGACAGUGAGCAGCAGCCAGACAGCACGACGCUGCUUUCCACCGAGGAGCUUCCGCCGCGAGGAGGAAAACAAACAAAGGCACAGCUGAGACUGACGAUGAUGCUUUUCCUUUUUGGAGGCUGAUCUCGUCUGAGCCGCACAAGCACCGCCGCACCCACAGCCACCAUGGGUUCCAGACUGAGCAGACAGAACAGUCUGGACAACGAGAAUUUCUCCAAGAAGCGACGCAAGCUCGCGGACAGCGCGGGGGACGCGGACAGGGACCGGGGCAGCGGCAGACAGGGCGGCGGGGACUUUCUCUUCGCACUGAUGCUGAAAUCAGACAAACUGCCCGGGAUGCUGCGGAGGACCAACCACAGCCCGUACAUGAGGCGGGUGGCGUGGAUCAAAGAGAUCCAGAAGCUGCUCCGCGACCGCAGGAUAGAGCAGGCGAGCGACGUGCUCCGGUCCCUGAGGAAGGAUCUGGGUUUAGAGGGCAGCUCGCUGAAUGACAUCUUGUAUAAAAACCCCGCCUUCCUCAACCUAGUGGACCCGAUCUCACACGAGCUGCUGCUCAGCCUGGCUCGGGAGAUGCAGUGUCCAAAAAAGGACGCGGACACCAUAAAGUCUUCGGAUAAGAUUUGCAGGCAGCUGAUCUACCACCUGACCCCGCACUCUAAGUGGCUGAGGCAGAGCAUGUCCAGACAGAAAUCCCAGGCCUGCCUGAAGACAACCCUUCAGAAAAAGCUGUCCAGUGACACCAUUGACUUGUCCGGCAUCCCACUGUCCACCCGCGAUGUCCGUCAAGUCGUCUACUACCUCCAGAGCAACAGAGACACCGUGGUGGCCGUGGACGUCAGCUUCACCGAGCUCCACGAUGAAAACUUGAAGCUUCUCCUGCCUCUUCUCGCCUCGCUGCCCAAACUCAGCACCCUCGCCCUCAAUGGCAACCGCCUCACCCUGGCCAUACUCAAAGACCUCACUGAGAUGCUCAAAGACCCCAAGAAGUUUUCCAACCUGUCCUGGAUCGACCUGGGCAACAACGUGGACAUUUUCACCAUGCCCCAACCGCUGCUGGUCGCACUGCGCCGACGCUGCAGCCUGAAGAGCAGCUUGCCAACCAUCUACGAGUACACAGAGGGCCAGCCCUACUGCUACCACAUGGAGACCUCCAUCGAGGAGCCCAGCCACUAUGAGGAGGAGGAGGAGGAGGAGGAAGAGGCGGAGGACGAGGACGAGGACGACAUGGACGACAAGUCUGAGCUGGAACCUUGGGGUUUGGGGAAGAAGCAGCUCUCCAAAGAUUUCACCCUUCACUACUGUGAGAGGUGAUGAGGUGUU